AAAGCUAGGAGAUAGAGAAAGAGAGCUUGGAAAAUCAAAUCCAUGGUAGUGGAUAUUUGGCUAAGAGGAGUAGAAAAUCUUCUUCAUUUUUUCCAUCUCCAAAACUAGCAAACCCCAUAUCCACUAAAUCUCCUCAAAUGUUGCAGACCCACAACUUUCUCUCCUCCAUCUUCCCUUCCACUCUCUCUCUAACCCACAAAUCCUGUCUCUCUCCUCCCUCCCUCUCCUCUCUCCACAGACCCAUCACCUUCCCCUUUCUUUCCACCCACCGUCGCCUCAGAAUUCAGCAAUGUUCGCCCCAAAUUUCUGAACUAUCAGAGGCCACCGCCACUUUUGAUGAAGACGACGGCCCAGUUGAGCUUCCACCCACCAUUUUUGCUACCACGGAUGACCCUUCUUCUCUCCAAGUGGCUACCAGUGUUCUCCUCACGGGGGCCAUCUCCAUUUUCCUCUUCCGCUCCCUCCGCCGCCGCGCUCGGCGGGCCAAAGAGCUGAAAUUUAGGUCUGUUGGAGUAAAGAAGUCCUUGAAGGAGGAAGCAUUGGAUAGCUUGAAAGCAAUCAGUACAGGUCCAAUUGAAUCUAAGUCUACACCUUCACCGAUACAAGCAUUCUUGGGAGCAAUAGCAGCUGGUGUCAUUGCGUUAAUCUUAUAUAAGUUCACCACCACCAUUGAAGCUGCUCUGAACCGACAGACAAUGUCCGAUAACUUCUCGGUUCGACAGAUGACAAUAACCAUAAGAACUAUUGUGAACGGAAUAUGCUACCUUGCAACAUUUGUUUUUGGAAUUAAUGCUGUUGGUUUGUUCCUUUACUCCGGUCAGUUGGCCGUAAAUUCCAUAAUGGAAGAUGGUUCCACAGAUAAAGAAACUGCAACUAUAGUUGACAAGCAAGUUAGCCCACCAAAUUCAACGGUUGAAACAGCGCUUGAUAGCACCGAAUCAAGCAGCAACAAGGAUGAUCAAAGUUCAAGUAAUUUGCAGUAAUGUAAGAGGACCCACUCUGAUCUAAUUUUGGCUGUUUUGGCAACCAUUUGUAAAGGAUAUCAGGUGGCAUACUUUACGAAAUUGGAUUUCAUGAAGAAGUAAUUUAAACAUCUUCCAGCCCCAUUGGUCUGCUUAAAGAGAGCCUAAAGCUAAGGUAUGGAAGUGAAGAUUAAAAGAAUAAUAGUAAUACUAGAAAGUUGCUGCUGCUUUUAUGGUGUUGAGAAUCACAUCUAUAUAGAUCUAUUAUUGGCCUCUCUCUUUCAAAAGACACCUASAGGAAAGUUUGUACACUUUUCUUCUCUUUUAGUACAUAUCUUUACUUUUGGRAAAUUCAUUCAAAACCGAACUGACUUAGCAAACCACCACAACCUGAUCGAAAUGAACCGAAUGAACCAACCAACAUAUGUUGUCAAAGGUGACCAAAUGACUCACCUCGGUKGGUUUUUUUUUUCGGUUUCAGCGUGCACUCGUUACCGUACAGGUUAACCUAUGGCUCGGCUCAACACGUCUAGUGGCAGUGGGUCGAGCAGCUUUCAUUGAAACUCAUGGGGUGUUUUUUUUAGUAGGAAACAUGAAAAAGUAAGGAAAAGUAAAGGCUAUCCAGCUCUGCAAUCAAAUUCCAAGGCUGUGGCCAGUGAUAUGUAUAUUUGUUUUCUGCAGUUUGCAGUAAUGCAGUCUUUACACGUUUGAAUUGUUUAGGUUUUUGUCAUAGUGACUUGUGCUUGAAUUUGAAGGCUUUUUGUGUGGGGACUUUUGCUUCAGAACACAUCAGGAAUAUUUUUGAAACA